AUGCGGGUGUCGGCGACGCGGGCGCUCUGUGGUGAAGCGACCGUGGCGCCCCUCGGAACUGACGAGGUCUGGCGGGAAAAAAAGUUGGGACGAGCCAACAGAGCCACGACGUCCUCCCACUCGCGCCCUCGCAACGCCACCAUGCAGCUCCGAAGCGGUAAGCGCAAGCUCGACGCGUACCAGCCCACCUUCGAUCCCAACUUGGAUAUCGCGACCGUGGUCUUCUCGCACGUGCAGUGCGUCGGGACCCGCCUCAGGCUCGCCACAGCGAGUAAGUUGUGGAGGGACGCCUCGAAGCUUGCGGCUGGGUACCCUCGCAGGUUCGACUUUAGCGACCCGGAAGCUAAGCGCCUCAAGACCGAGGAUUGGCGGAAGUACUCUUUCUUGAUAGACAACGAUGAGGCGCUGUCUCUGCCCCGUGAACAGGUCUUCGAGCUUCUGGAGUCUAUCAUGCGUGAGGUGUUGCGUGUCUCGUGGAACACCCCCUUGGAGAACCUGUUGCACUUUGCAGCUAUGAUCGGGAGUGUGAGGAUGCUAAAAUGGGCGCAGGAGAACGACAUGCAUUGGCCUCCGUCGAGUAUUAAUUACGCAUGGCUCCCUGCUUAUCAUGGACACCUGCCCGCUCUCCAGUGGUUGCACAAGAAUGGGUGCCCGAUGGACGAGCGAGCGUGCCUGCCCCGGGUGGGAGUCACACAUUCACACAUACGCUACUUAUAG